AUGGCAUCUCUGGAAUCACAGAUAUCAUCUCUACGCGAUGAGCUGGCUACUGUGUACAAGACACAGGGGCAAAAUGCCCAACGUCUACUCUCUAUGAAUGAAACCCUUCGCGAAAAGGAAGAACUUGCCAGGAUCGAUUCGGAAAACUACCGGAAAACCAAAGACGAGAUUGCGUCUCUCAAACGCAAAGUAGACCAACAUGCCGAACUGAUGGCAGAGAAAGACAGGACUGUCCAGAUUUUGCACGACGAGAUCAGUACCUUGCAAUUAGAACUCGGUCAGAUCGAAGAACGUAACCAAACUCUAACGAAGGACAACGCCAAACUUCUUCAGCGAUGGCUUGAUGCAAAACAAGCUGAAGCGAACAAGAUGAACGAAGCCAAUGAAUUCUACGAAAACAUGCGGUCGAGACAUCAAGCUGUUCUCAAUUGGCGCGAGGGGUCCGUAGAAGAGGUCGCAGCAGAUCCUCGCAAUAGCGCAGACACCACAUCACAGACUUCAGAAUCAGUGUCGGGAAAGGGGGGGAGGAGCGAAGAACGUCAGACUAUUCCGGUGAAGGAUGGAAUGCAGUCACCAACGUCGCAGACGCUGGAUCUGACUCCGAAUGGUUAA